UCGGUGUGUGUUUCGUGGCGCGGUCGUCGUCGCCGUUACCCGUCGUUCUCCAUCGCUUCGACCGCUUGUUUUCGCACGUCGGUCGUCCGCGCACGUUCGCAAUUAAUUAAUUCCGUUCGCGAAUCCGUCCCGUCCGACACCCGCGGCCGUCUUUAUCCGUCGCGUUCCUCUACCGCCGAACUAUCUCUCUCGCUCUCGCGUCAACAGGAGGAAGCAGCAACGGCGGCGGCAUUUAGUGAGUUGUGUCGUACGCACGUAUCCGUGUGUCUCAGUGUGCGUGACAGUGCGUUGUGUAUACCGACGUCGCGUCGUCGGCGUCAUCAUCAUCAUCAUCAUCAUCGGCGACGAAGAGGAUCGCUGGAAUCUCUCUCUCUCUUGCGUUCUCGGUCGGCCAUCUCUCCGUCUCCUCGUGUCUUUCUUUUCUCACCGUGUAAAUUCUCUUCCCGAUCCUCUCUUCCUUCGUUGUUAUCUUCCCGCGAUAACCUUACCUUACCCUUACCUCAAUCGCGCUACGAAAUCGGAGUACUACGCGCCGUGUGUUUACGAUCGUUGCGUCCUCUUAUCGCCGUCUCGCUCUCCUCUCACCUGCACUUCUCGCGCGGACAGGUGUCCCGUGGAAGCAGCCGGAGGUGAGCCGACGCCUGUGUAUGCUCUCUGUGAUAUAACGUCGUCGGGCCUACCCGCGCGCCUCGACGCUUCUUCCCGAAUCCUGCCGAGAAAAACGAGCUCUCCACUGCCCGAAUCGUCCUCGUCGUUGUUCGACGAUUCGAUCAGAAUACGGACGCGACUCUCCUCCAGUCAUCAACGUCCGCCAGUCGCUCUCGCGAUUCUCCUCCGAGUGCGAGUAAUUUUCCAUAGUAUGUGCCAAUCGCGUGGAAUUCCGUUGUAAAUAGCCAGUGACUCUCCGUGAAGCCGGUUCCGGCACAGACGAUGAUUUUUCGUCUAUCUUGAUUCCCGCUCAAGUGCUCAGUGCCAUUAUAUAGAAGAACGUAGUCACUCCCGAAAAGGAAUUUCCGUCUGCAAGAUAAUUGGUCUAACGUCAACAAUAGAGCGAUAACAAGAGCGUCAUAUUCGCUCGAUGUAAACACCGCUCACGAGAUUACGCUGUAUGUUUAAUUGACAAGUGUCAUUCUGAAAACACAUCUGUCGAGAUAAUAGCGUGACGAUCAGAUGCACGAAGAAGCGAUCGAGAAUUGCCGAUAGAAUUUACCGAAAACAAUCGUCACGCGUAAUCUCGAGAUCUCGAGACGAUCGUCUCGUCGUCGUCCGGGGAUCGCGCUCUCGAGCACGUGGCCGCUGCGCGCGAAUCUCACCGUCAAGCCGUGGAGCCGCGAACGAGAAGUGUCGAACGAGGACGACGCGAGUCGCUGCUGCCGCCGCCGAACUCUCGAGCAGGUGCACACCGGGAUGCGCGUCGCGUCGACAGGGCCCACCCGGUAGCUCCGUUGCCGGCUCUCGUAGCGAUCCUUAGGCCUUGGCGCCGGAAGAGACGGGGUCGCUGCAAGGAUCGGGCUUCGAGCACCGCGAUGUCGAUACGCGUGAGCGGCGUCUACCUGGUGCCAACCAGUCCGGGCGCCACCGACAAUGGCGGCAACGACAAGAGCGUGGAUCAUCAUCAUCAUCAUCAGCAGCAGCAGCACCAUCAUCAUCAUCAUUCGACGAAAACGGUGACGAUCGUGACUGCGCCGCAGCGCAGCAAUAGUCUGGAUUACCUCAACUUCGAGGAGAAGCGACAGAUCAUCGCGUCGUCCUUGUCGCUGAGCGAUUUCCUGGCGCAUGGACCGGCAGCAGCCGCGGCCGCCGCCAAGGAAGUAGCAGCGAAUACGGUGAUAGCGAAAAAGCAAAAUGGUGCUGCUCUGCGAACAAACAGUUUGGGUUCGGGUGCAAGAACGCCGCCCUUGGAAAGAAAAAGUAAAUUUUCGGCACUCGGUAGACUCUUCAAACCCUGGAAAUGGAAGCGGAAAAAGAAAUCGGAUAAAUUUGAAGCCGCUUCAUUAUCGCUUGAGAGAAAAAUCUCGGUACGUGCCAGCAGAGAUGAGUUGGUGCAAAAAGGGAUAUUGCUGCCCGUGAUACGAUCGACAUCGUUUCCGGAAAAUGAAACGAUAAAUGAAUCGACGGACGCGCAAAAACCACCGACGCCGCAGCAAGCACCGCAGCAGCAGCAGCAGCAGCAGCACCAACAGCUGCCGUCGUUGCAGCAGCAGCAGCAGCAGCAGCAGCAACAACAACAACAACAACAACAACAACAACAACCAUCCGGUGGCAUCGCGACGAGUGGCAUUGGGGGUGGCGAUGGCACCCCCGCAGCAACACCUACAUCCACCGUGCAGCAAUGCCAACAAGCGGUACCUUCUGCUACGCCGACCCCGACGACUGCCAACCCGCAUUCUGCAGGACCGCCCAGCAACAAUCAACCAUCGCCUCAUCCCUCGCCCCUUUAUCCCGGAAUACCGCAGCAGGCCGGACAGCCCAACGGCAGCACGCAAGAGCCGAAGAAGGAAAAGACUGAACAGAGUGCGAAUGGCGCGAUAUCGCCGAGCACCGGCGGCGGUGGCGGCGGCGGCGAUUCGUCGGCCGCAAAUAUGGGAUCGACCGGACCGGGGGCGCCGGUCUCGGGUCCGAUCCCGGAUUCCGGGAAUCAGCAAAAGCCGAACAGGCCGAACACCCUCGACGCCAGGGUGGUAGCCAGGAGGCUGAUCUUGUACGACAUGGACAAGAGGGUGCUGGAUUCUCAGGGCGCCGACAAUCAGCAGGUCAUCGAGAGAUGUUACCCGUUACCACCUCAGAAUACCCUGAUGCUGUCGGAGCUCCCGGAACCGCCGAUUCCGCUUAGCGAAAUCGGUCCUAUACCACCCCCGCCCAUGUUUAGCUCCCCGAGUCCUACUUUGCUGGCGAGACAACGGCAAAUCCCGCUCUCAGACUGCGAAGAUGAGGAUGAGGAAGACGUCGACGUGGAGGACGUGGACGUUUCCAUGUACGUCUACAGGAUUUCGCAGCCGGAUCCGGCGAUCGACACGUCCCGCGUGGAGGAGAUACCGGCGAAGGAGCCCAAGUUCCACGCCGUGCCGCUCAAGAGCGUCCUGAAGAAACGGGGCACCGGAAGCGGCCCCGGCACGCCGCAGAACACGCCGACCCAGGAGAACAGGCCGCUGACUCUUCGCCAGGAGCUCCACGCCUCAUUCAAAAGGCCACCGUUGAGGCCUAGGAUGAGAAUAUGCAGUCGACCGGUUCGAUUCGGCCUCGCUUUGCCCUGCACGUUGGAGAACAAAGAGAAUGCACGGCCAUAUGUCAUCAGGGAAGACGUGGAUGGCGAUUCCGGCGACGGACAAGUCCUCUACAGGGAUGAUUAUGAUGACGAAAAAAGCCGUUUGGCAGCCAAGAUCGCGCGCAAGGAAUCGCUUUCGCUCAAACUCGCUCUUAGGCCAGAUAGACAAGAACUCAUCAAUAGAAACAUCCUUCAACUGCAGACGGAUAAUGAAAGGCAGGAAACGAAAGAGGCAAUUGGUGCCAAGCUCAUCAGGCGGCUGAGCAUGCGGCCGACUCAGGAAGAACUCGAGGAGAGAAAUAUUUUGAAAAAGCAAAGUCCUGCCGAGGAAAAGAAGCAGAAGGAGGAGAAGAAACGAUAUCUCCUGCGCAAACUGAGUUUCCGACCCACCGUUGAUGAACUCAAGGAGAAAAAGAUUAUUAGGUUCAACGACUAUAUCGAGGUAACGCAGGCUCACGAUUACGAUAGAAGAGCCGACAAGCCCUGGACGCGGUUAACUCCGAAGGACAAGGCUGCCAUUAGGAAGGAAUUGAACGAGUUCAAGAGUUCGGAGAUGGCCGUUCACGAGGACAGCCGACACCUCACUAGGUUCCAUAGGCCAUGACAAUUGCAAUGUGUUGAGGUGCUACAGUGUGGUGCGGGUAUACGUGAAGGUGCAGUGUGGUGGUCUCGUGUUGAGGCUGGAUAAAAAAAAAAAAGGUAUCGUCGCUCUUCUUUCCGAAUUUAACGGAAGUGCGGAGUGCGCGAUAAGUCCGAUUUGGUGACGGUGAUUACUUUGACGUUGCUGCGUCGUGUCGCCAUUCGUCGUUGUCGCCGUACAUCAUUCACCGGCACUUCCUCCGUCAUCGUCAUUUACACACGUCAGCGGCGAGCGCCACCACGACGUCGACGAAGAUUGUGAUAGGGUGAUUCGCCGUCCUUGCCGAAGAGGAUCCGGCGGAUCGCUCGCCGAUUUCUUUUCUUAAGGGUCGUUCACACUCGUGCUUAGCCGCGCAAACAGCUCUUCGCGAUUUCCGAUACCUAUCUAAUCCUUUUAUGUCUUUUGCGCCGACUCGAACGACGAUCGUUGUAGUGCAUGCGUUGAGAGGCAUCUCUCGUCAUAUAUUCUCAAUAUCUUCAAAAUAUUGCGAUAAUUAUCUUGAAAUUUUGCGCGGUAAAUUCUAAAAUAGAUAUACUGCGCGUAUCUUCUUCCGUAUUCGUUGAAGCUUAAAAAACUAAUAUUUAUCUUCAGAUCUACUCUUGAAAGCUUGCCGUGAAAAUCAAAACGCUGUACAGAAUAUAAAUAAGACUUUUUUAUAGAAACGUGGGAGUGUGUGUUCGCGUUUCGCUGAAUAAAAUCAGAAGUCAUUUCUGAUGGUAUAUCGUGUCUCAUUCAUAAUUGAUGUUUCAUGUUAUGAAUUUUAUAAAUUGUUUUAUCUCUUUGUUAUGUACAAAUUUAAAAAUCACAUAUGAAAAUGUAAGAUUACGUCUGUCACGAAUGUUUUAAUGAUAAAAAGAUGAUACGCAACGUGUGUCACACGCAUAUAUCGCGAUGUGUGAAAAUGUGUAGAUUAGUCACGCUUAUAAGAUUAAGAUUAAGCGUGAGACUUUGGCAUAAUUCCAUGGAGCGAGCGCGCGUGUGAACAUACCCUUAAACGUGUCAAACACCAUUUUGCAAUCAAGCUAGCUCAUCAGUGUCACCUGGCAUCAUUGUAAAUGUAAAUCGUUUCAAAUUUCGAGCCAUCAUAACGCGUAGAUUAUGUGAUACGUCUUGUUGAUAUCACUAAAAAAAAUACUCGAAUUCUAUAAAAAACGAAUAUUCAAGAUGAAAUACAUCACAUUAUAAGCGAUAUCUCGUAACUAAAGUCGUUGUGAGUUGGGUUUAGUUGAAAAAAAAAAUGUUUUAGUAUUAAUAUUUUUAUACGUUGACGAAUAUAAAAGGCAAAGAUAAAAAAGAGUUUCCGCAAAAUAAUUUUUCGGUAUAACUCUCGUUUUUAAUGAUUAAGAGUAUAUUCGGCUGAUGUCCGAAAAUGUGAUUUACGAUAAUUCUAUGUUCUCACGAUUUUGGCGCGAUCCGUGGGCAGAAUAUUCAUUGCUUAUGACACACUAACAUAAUUGCGUGCAUAAUUUGUUGAGCUCUUCGUACGCGUCGCGCGAGGAAUGAAAACAGCCAUUCAUUGUCUACGACAAUCGGUCGACUGCUCGAUCGACAUAAUAACUGUUUUCCUUUACUGCCAGGUAUCACUCUCUCGUAGAGCUGCCUUGAACAGCAAGCGCUUACGAUUAUCUAAAAAAAAAAAUUAGAUAUACUCCGUUUGCGGAAAAUCAGAGAUGCAUUGUACAAUAUAACUUUGUACAGGAGUAUACAUAGCGUGUACAUUAGUGAUUAUUAUUAUUAUCAUCAUCAUCAUCAUCAUUGUUACAUCUCUCGAUAAUCUCGCUAUAGGGACACGCUCUAUAGUUUUCGUUAAUUUCGAUCGCGCGUGCGCGUGCGCGCCUUAAUUGCAGCGAUGUUAAUAAAUUCUUUAAGAGCAAAAAUACACGUGUUAGUUGUUGUUCCGUAUUCGUCGAGUUUCACAAUGGUUUCGCAAAAAUAAAUCAUGAAACAUAUCUUCGAUAGAUACAAUACAUGUUUGUUACGCAUCUCAAAAAAUGCAUUAUUGGUCUAUAGUAAUAAAGGAAAAAUAUAUCAAAAUCUCGAAUCUCUUUAAUAGAAGUUUAUUAUUAAUAUAUACUCGCAGAACCCGGAACAUCAACAAUAAUUAGUCUGCUCUUUGUAAAACCAAUUUGCUGGAUCAACAGUGAAUCCGUAGUUCUAGUACUGUCUAUAAUACAGACAAAAAAAGAAAAAUUGAAUUAGGCAAAAAAUUAGAGUUAAUUAAUGUCGGUAAUGACCGGCUUGUAGUAUCUGAACUCGUUCAGCCCAUUAUUCUCAUCGCGGGGAUAGAACGAGAAAAAAGUAUUUAGAUUCGCAGCUGAUCGAAAGAACGAAGUCAAAUGAUAGAAAAAAAAGAAAAAAGAAUAAUGAGAGAAGACACGUGCCUCGAUAUGCGCGAUGUCUUGCACGCUUAUCUCUGGAAGCUUCUUGCAUCUCCUCCCCCGCUUAUCUUUCUCCAAGUUUAUAUAAAACCGACCCUCCUGCUCACGUCACUAUUGACGCAGAGAUUCGUCGUCGAUCAUCCCUCCUUAUUUUGGAGAAUGGCGAACGGAAACAAGAGAGAAAAAAUUGUGAGCUACGAUCUUGCGCGACGCGCAAAUCUAUAGCAGUGUUGAGUAAAAAAAAAUCGUGAUCGAUAUUCUACUUUCCUCUCCUCGUUUAGAGAUCCUAGUUUUUAACGAUCGUCCAAUGGGGUGAGAGGAUCGGUGUGUAACGUGUCGAUCUUUCUCUUAACCCGUCGGUGAACUCAGCUGUUCGAUAUUAAUUCGUCAACUUCGAGGUCGUCGAAGGUAAAAAGGACAAGACACCUCUACCUUCGGGAAAUACCACGAAGAAGUACGUCAUAAGGAACGUCAUAAAAUAAUAAGCAGGGAGAUUAAAGUGUCUCUCUCGUUCCAUUGGUCGAGCGCUGUGGCUACCAUGUAGUCGAACAAAUAUAUCCAUUUCCGGAUUGUCUGGGCCGGUGUGAGUGCAUACCCGUGCGUAAGUGUAUGUAUGUGAGUAAUGCGCAACGAGAGAUUACGAACAAAUAUUUUAGGUAGAGAGUGGUCGAAAUUUGAAUGAAACGUUUCUGCCAAUAGCCCUUUUUUUUCCUUGUGCUACGUUCGAGAACGUAUUUUUGUGCAUGUGUCAUAUAUUUUCUGCAUACAUUUCAAUGUAGCAGAUAUCACUUGAAUCAUAUAGUAUAUAUAAAUCAUAUAGUAAGGAUUCAAUUACAAAAAAACCAAUUGUUUUAAUAUCGAAGUAUUAUUAAAAAAUAUCGAUAAAGGUAUUUAUAACGGCGGAGAGAUUAAGCGCUCUUGUUAAAUUUUUGUGAGUGUGAAUAAAUAACAAAAUCUUUGUUUUUUUAAUUUAAUUCCAUAAUUGAUUUUUAUUUAAUGGGAAUUUUAAUUUGAAAUUAAAUUGGCUAUUUUCAAAUAGGGCAACGUUUUGAUCCAUAAAGAGACGUUCUCGAGCGUAAUCUAAUUAUCUCCACAUCCGUUCGAAGCGUUCACUCUCUGAGAAUAAAACCAAGGCAAAAAAAAAAUAAAAGCACGCGAAACAUCUAAUAAUGAAUGAUUAUGUGUACAUAUUAAUAAUAUAUAUAAAUAUUUAGUAAAAAAAAAGAAUCCAUUCUGCUACACGCUACGCGAUAUUACGCAAUGUGUAUGUAUAUAUAUAUAUAUAUAAACGGUGAAUACUUAUAUUAAUUUUUAGAUAACUACGCGCUCUAAAUGCAAACAAUACACCAUAUACAUAUAUAAAUAUUAUACAUAUAAAUAUAUAUAUAUAUAUAUAUAUAUAUAUAUGACGCGUACAAGCAGUAUGUGCAUUUUCCAGCACAGAUAGAUAGUUGGUAUUUUGUGUACAAAACUGAAAACAAUUGUUGGACAUUCUCUGGAUGGCCGCGCAUCGUAAACGAUGAAGAUAAAGGGGAUGAAAUUACGAAAUUCGAGUCUCCGUUGCAAUCGCGUUGCCGAACAAUUAUAUGACGAGACGAUCGACGACGUGGAACGGCACUGACGCGCGUCACGAACCAUCGACCCGUAGUUACUUCAUAUAUUGUCGUCUAUCAUCUGAAUGUAAUGAUAUUAUCGUCCGUGCUUAGCGUACUCUCUCUCUCUCUCUCUCUGUCUCUGUCAUUCGCAUCCUACUCGACGACGUGCGUCCGAGCCGUUCCCCUUUUGUGUCGCGCAUUAGCGACGUUUAUUCUGCAAGCGAAUCCGCACAUAAAUAUGAAGAGAUCAAUCGGCUGAAUCCUUUAAACGAUUCAUACAAAUUUUCAACGAACGUUUCCCUCUCUUCUACAAAUAAAAAGUAAUGUUUUAUCUGUAUAAGAAAAUAUAUAUAUAAGAGUCUCGCGUAAUGUUUCCCACAAGAAACGUGGCUAUGAAGUUGUUUGGCGAUUUGCAGAAUAGUCCUGCGCGAUAUCCGUAAUAGUGUCGGGCUGUAAAAACAAGUAACGGAAGUGAGUUUGUCGUAAUCACUGAAACACACACACACACACACACACAUACAGACGGACAAUUCUACUUGUAUUAUAUUAUCUUACGAUAGCGAAGCAUUGUAACAAGAAGAAGAAAUAAUAGCAAUUUAAGGGUGAACGUGAGAGGAGAAAAAUGCAUGAAAAAGAGAGAGAGAAAAUGUAUGUAUGUGUAUGUAUCAUCGAGAAUAGUGGCGCGAACCCAUAGUUCUCCAGAGGGGUUUUCCGCGAUGUUGAGGAACCCUGGAGGGAUUCGCGAUCACGAGCAUAGGCUUAGGGCGCUUUCACGCGGGAUACUCGUAGACAUAAACGUCGUCAAAGGGAGGAAUCGUCCGCGCGAGAGGAACAGAUAGGUCGGCCCGAGUAUCCGGCCGCAAGGGCAAGCAGCCUAGAGAUUUUUACCAAAAUGACUCCACGCCAGAUGAUGGAGGUGGAAGCAGUUAUAAUUAGAUGUAAUCUCGUUCUGUUUCACGAGCGAAAAAUCUCCUUUCCCACGAUCUUUUGAUAAGAAGCAGCGAUUGUUGAUAAGCAGCGAUGUGCGAGAAGCGUUCGCUUUUAGCGCGAUCUCUCGCGAAGAUCAUUUGCCGUUCCGUGUGAUCCUGUGGAUCUUAUCCUCCGUUUGUUCCGUCGAUCGUACGAUCAUCGAGAUCGCGUUUCCUGGGAGGUGCGAUGGACAAACUGUCGGUCCCGCCUUUGUGCAGGAUGAAAUAAUCCCUCUUUAAUCAUCGCGCGUUUCAUCUGGACGCGGAAGUCAUAAGAUAUUAGAUCAUUGAGACGUUAGUUAGAACAAGCAUUCUCUUUGAGGAUAAUACGCGGAAGCGCCUGAAUAAUUACCUCGUGCUUAGCGACGUAACUAUUCGCGCCUCGCGUUUCCCCCCCGCACGAUUACGCAUGCAUUGUUCUUAAGAAACGUUAAUUCACGCGCGCACAAAACGUGUUUCUCUUUUUAUUGAGUUUGUCCGUCGACAUUUCCCCUUAACGUUGUUCGAUUCAGGACACUCGGACAGUGAUGGAUUGCUGACGCGUUGCACGGGACUAAUUUGGGAAAAUUGUAUUAUAUAUCGAAACCGAAGGAUCCUCUAUAUGUAAGAAUAAUAAUGUAUAUAUGAUUAUAUAUAUAUAUAUAUAUAUAUAUAUAUAUAUAUAUAUAUAUAUAUAUAUAUAUUAUACACGGUAAAAUGAAUUAAUUGCACUCGAGAGAGAGAGCAGUUGCCCCUUGAUCCAAUGAAAAAAAAUCGAGGCGCAUCGAAAACCGGACGAAAAAUGGAGAAAGAAACGAAGAAAAAAAAAUUUAUACGCGCGGAUACGUAUUAGAAGAAAAGAGAUAGAGAGAGAGAAAAAGCACAUUGUUCUCGCAUUCAUUUCGAAAAACGCUGCGUUCUAAUCCAUUUUUGUUUCGUUGUUAGUUUGUACGCACUACGAUUAUCGCAAUUUAUUGUAUUAUCGACGAGAUACUGUAACAAACAAAAAAUACUGUUAACUAUUCUUAAAAAAAUUAAAACUUUUGUAAACUGA